AUGGAGAUUCAAAAUAAAAGCAAUUAAUUGAUCUUUCAGUGUGAAGUAAUUCGUAAACACUUGCUUAUUGAUAAACAUUAUUAACUAUAGAUAUUUGAAAAUAAGAUCAUGAUCAGAGAGAAUGUAUAGUAUAUAAAAUUGAUAUUCUCAUAGUUAGAACAUCCUCCUAAGUAUGAGAUUGAUUUAAGUCUAAAAAAUCAAGUAAGUUGGAAACAUCAUGAUGAUCAUAAAAUUAAAGAGUUCGGCAUAAAGUAUUUUAAUAAAACAAAGUGGUUUACUGGUCAAUCUGCUUAGAUGAAUCAAAUGAAAACAUAUAUCUAAACAAAGAUCUUUAUGUAAGGAAUUUCAGGCUUUUACUCUUCACAUGAUAUCAUAGGUACAGGGGCAUCUUGUAAAGUGAUCUUAAUUAAGGAUUAUAAUGUAAAUAAGUCUUAUGCUGCUAAAUGCAUUAGUAAGGAUUAUAUAAAAAAGAAAAGAACUUCAGAUAGAUUUGAUAGGUUGGUGAAUGAAAUACAUAUAUUAAGAACAUUAAAAUCUCAUCCAAAUCUAAUUAAGCUGAAUGAGAUUUUUGAAGGAGAAAAUAGUUAUUAUUUAGUAUUUGAUUACUUGGAAGGUGAGAACUUACAUAAGUUUAUUAAAAAUCAAUCCUAUCAAAUUCCAGAAUAAAAUGUAAGAACAAUUUUAUAAGUAAUUGUUCUAUUUUUUAUUUUAGCAAUUACUUUUGGGAAUCAGAAAAUGUCAUCAACAAAAUAUAAUACAUAGAGAUAUGAAAUUAGAAAAUGUUAUGCUUUCUAAAUCUAAUUCUAUUGAUAAUAUUAAAAUCAUAGAUUUUGGUUUAGCUAUAUUUAAUACUCCAGAUUAUCCAUUUGCAGUUUGUGGUACACCUGGUUAUAUUGCUCCAGAAAUCCUAAAUUAUGAAGAAAAUAAAUAUAAAAAUGAAAGAUUUUCUUAUACACCUUAAAUAGAUAUGUUUGGUAUAGGUGUUAUGCUUUAUAGAAUGUAAAAAUAUUAAAAUAAUCUAGAAUGACUAAAUAGCCUCUAUUUACUGCUGAUAAAACUAAAGAAUUAAUUAAUAAAAAUUAGAAAUGCUUAUAUGUUAAACAUACUAUUUCUUAAUACAGUAAUAUACUUAAUCAAAUCUUAUAUGGUUUACUAGAAUAUAAUCCUAAAAAAAGGUUGACAGCAGAAUAGGCUUUGGAAUUACUUUAAGCAUAAUAGUUGAAUUAAAUUACUUUACGAAAUGAGUCUACUAGAAAUAUUUAUCUAAAUGAUGAAUUUCAAAUACCUAUUUAUAAUGAUGUUGUUUAGGCUCCAUAUCUAUUUCCAAAUCGUAAAAUUAAAAGAGAUUUGUACUUUCCACAUUCAUAUCAUCUUAAUGAAGAUAGAAUUAAUAUUAAUGCAAAAUCUUAUCUACCAUCUUUCACUGUUAAACCUAGUUUGGAUCUUGGAUAAGAAAGUGUAUUAGAUAAAUCUCUCAAAGUUCCUUAAGAUUUUAUUCUUGAAUAAUGA